GGUGCGUCGUAUUUUCACUUUGAGCAGAGGGGAGCGAGUAUCGGUCACUUGAUGCAAGCUAAGCUUCUCGGGAAAUAUUGGGUGUGUAUUUUCACUUUGAGCUUGGCGGUGACAGAGGGGAGAUUGCAAGAUUAGGCCAUAAUGAGUCCUAAAGUGCUAGUGUGCAUGGAGGUGAUGUGAUGUCUAAAGACAAACAAAAAUAAUUAACUUCUUCUGAUUCAAACAAAAAUGGCUGACCGUGGUUUUGGCAUUCGGACGCCGUCUUUAAUUGAGCAGCUGAAAGCAGUGUUAGACCAAUAUCCAGAUGAUGGGCAGAUUCUGAAGGAAUUAAUCCAGAAUGCUGAGGAUGCUGGAGCAAAAUCUGUAAAAUUUGUGAAUGACAGACGCCAGUUUUCUGCAAAGUCUCUGUAUCAACCAGAUUUGAAGAUAUUUCAGGGUCCAGCUCUGUAUGCCUACAAUGAUGCUGUUUUUUGUGAUAAAGACUGGGACAGAAUAGGAGCCAUCCACAAUAGUAGCAAGAGAGAUGAUCCACUGAAAGUUGGAAAAUUUGGGUUGGGGUUCAAGUCUGUCUUUCACAUGACAGAUUUACCAAGCGUGAUAAGUGGAGACAAGAUAGGAUUCCUAGAUCCACAUGAAAAAUUCUUUGGUCGUGGAACAACAGGGAAGCAAUGGCACCUUAAAAAUGAUAAGGAGGAAAUCUCUGCCCUGCAUGAUCAGUUUGAACCAUUUGAGGGGAUUUUUUGUGGCCGUGACAAAACAUUCAAUGGUGGAGAUUAUAAGGGAACACUAUUUCGCUUUCCACUCAGAACAGGUUCACAAGAUCCCUCUCAAUUCUGUUCACAAUUGUCAGAGCAGACAUAUGCAUCAGAAAAAAUUGACAGUUUGUUCAAAUCUUUCAUGACAUGUGCAUAUAUGAACCUUCUGUUUUUGUCUUCGCUGGAAAGCAUUGAAUUGUAUGAAAGAACAGAAGAAAGUGAUAAACCAGAGUUAAUCUUCCAUUUGGCAUUAGAUAAAGAGUGCAUCAAAGGUGUGAGAUCAAAGCGUAGAGAGUUUUUGUCAGAAAUAGCAAAGGUGCGACAAACCAAUGAGUGGCCAGAAAAACCAAUUCAGUUUACAUAUGAGCUCCAAUUCACAGAGACAACAUAUAUCCACCAAACAGCAGCCACCUCACCUACCCCCUCAAAGAAUGCCAGAUUGUCUGUUGACAAAACUUCCAAGACAACCAAAUGGAUGCUAACAAAUCACUUUUCAGGAGGCCAAGUGAGUUCACAGUUUAAAAAACUGGCAAAUGAUUCAAGUCUGGGUUAUCUUCCGUGGGUGGCUGUCGCGAUGUGCUGUGGCAAAAAGGAUGAACCACUUCAACAGGUCAAACAGAAGCCCCAACAACCGAAGGGUCACUUCUUCUGUUUCCUACCACUCCCACUGGAAGAAAAAAGUGUGACUGGUCUUCCAGUUCACAUGAGCGGUUUCUUUGCACUCAGCCAAAAUCGCAGACACCUGAAAUGGCCCACCACUGACCAAGAUAGAUCUGCCUUGACUGAUAAAGCUCUUCUGUGGAACAUCUGUCUGGUGGAAGAAGCAGUUUCAGUGGCAUAUGCUGAACUCCUAAAUUGUGCCAUUCUCGCAGGCUUUUCACCAACGUGCAUUUAUAAUGCAAUGCCAGACUGCAGUGCAACUGAUCCCAAAUUUGAAGAAAUGGUCACACGUAUGUACAGAAUGACUCUAUUGAGGCAAUCAUUUUAUAGCCCAACAGAUGACACAUGGUACAAUGCUAGUGAAGUCUUGUUCAAUGAUAUAAGCUCUAACAUUGACAAUGUUGAAGAUCUUGUGAAUGUUCUAAUUCUCAGCGGCGAAAAGAUUUGCACCAUCCCAUCACAUGUAAAAGCUGCAUUACAAAAGCACAAUAUAAAAAUUGCAAAGAUUCAGCCAGGACAUGUACGCACUGCUCUAAAGAAACCAAAUGUGUCAACCUGGGAAGACAGCCUCUCAUUUGACAAAAAGAUGUCCAUCCUAAAGUACAUCCUCUCUGAUUCAGCCUAUGGUGAUAUAAUUGGGAUCAAAUUUUUACUCCGAAGUGACCAGGUUUUUGUUAGGUUCCAGUCCAGUGCAAGUGACGCACCAGAAAUGUAUGUUCCAACCAAGGAUCAUCCAAAAGACCUUCUCCCUGGGUUGACCGACAACUUAUUGGAGACUGAGAGAGUCCCAUCUGAGGUUGCCACACACCUGGAAAAGAUUGCAACUUCAGGAUUAACCCAGUUGAGAAUUCUAGACAAGACUUCAAUGUCGGAAUUGAUCAGAAGACUUUUCAACCCCUGCACAGACAACACCAAGCCUUGGGAUCCGAAGUCCACCAACCAUCCUACUCACAGCUGGCUUAAGAUGGUGUGGGGGUACCUGACCCUGCAGUUCCCUGACAAUCUCUCCAGAUUUGAAGGCUUACACAUUCUGCUUGAUUUGGCUUCUUGUAGAAUUGUGAAGCUGAGUUCUGCUUUGCCUGCUUUGAUAAAAGGGGGCAGACUUGAUGAUGGUUUAGCUAACAGACUUAAAGCUUUGGGGGUAAUUGUAUUUAAGAAUCUCCCCAAAUUUAUUGAAGAUCACCAUGCUGUUGUGCCAAAAUACAUAAGUCCUCCAACACCUGAAGGUGUUCUGCAGGCUCUUUCAAAUGUGCAGACCCAAACCAAUUUAGAAAUGAUGAAAGAAUGGACAUUGGCAGAGAAGGAUGAGCUCAGAAAAUUUCUCUCUGAAGCCUCUGCACAUGACAUAAAGUCACACAAGGAAUUGCUUAUGAGACUUCCAAUCUUUAGGUCUGUUGGUGGAAUAGAAUUUUCCACAGUUUCUCUCCAUGAGGCAAAGGAUGCCUUACAUCGAAGUCCAAGCUUUUCAUUACGUUGUAAGUUUAUUGAUGCGUCAGGAACAGACUCUGAAAUGCUUAUACAGCAAUUAGGAAUGACAAUAUUGGACACAAAUGACUUGCUAAAAGAGAUUGUGUUAGCAGAUAUUGAGUGGUACAAGGAAAGGGGAGAGAUUGAUCUUUUGAUGAAGCAGGUACUGACCAUCAACAUGAAUGAAGAUGAAUAUAUAUACCAAAUGGUGAGAGACAUUCCAUUUGUUCCAACUGAAUCAGGAAAAAGAUUUAAAGCAAGCCAAUUGUUUGAUCACCAUGAUUCAGUUGUAUAUGAUCUCUUUCAUGGGGUAUGUGACGUCUUUCCAACUGGACAUUAUAAGGAUGAACCCCAAUUACAUGCAGCUCUGAAGAGGUUAGGAUUGAAGACAGAAAGAGAAAAAAUAGCUGCAGAAGACAUUUACAAGGCAGCUCAGUACAUUCACAGCUCAUACACAGUGGGAUCUGCCACGCAAAAACUUUUGAUAGGUAAAUCAGAAGCAAUUAUGACCAUUUUAAGAUCCAGACCAACAAUAUUAAAGAAUAAGCUAGAAAAUGGAAACACGCUCUCAGGCAGUUUGAAAAGCACCAGGUUUAUCAAGGUCAAGCCAAGGCCAGAGAAUUAUCCCAAUUCUUUGCCGUGGGGUCCAUUGGAUUGCAGCUUUUUAAGUCCAAGUGAGUUGUGCAGCAGCAUCUAUGAAAAUGUGAUAGGUUCUGUGGGGCAUGUCUCCGAUGAGGUUGUGAAUGAAGAGAUUGCCAAUGAAUUUGGAUGGAAUGAAAGGCCCACCAUGCCAAAAGUCAUUGCCCAGUUAGAACAGGUAGUAAGCCAUUAUACCAGCAGAGAAAAGGGAGUCUUUCUGCCAAUGAUUUUAGAUAUCUAUGGGGAAUUGUUUCAUUCAGUUAGGGGGGAUGUUCCCUACGAAGGCCUGAAAUCCACCUCACAGAAAUGGAUCUGGAAUGGGGAUGGGUUUUCCUCAUCAAAAGAUGUUGUCCCUUUUAUUCCUUCAGAACUACAGGGGAUUCAGCUGCACCCUCAUUUAUUUGUCCUUCCAAGGGAAGUAGAGCAAUUCAGCAAACAGUUUUGCCAGUAUGGUGUGGAACCAAAAGAUAAACUUGAAAUCAUUCUGCAGGUGCAAACCAAUAUCCAAAUCAAAUACCAACAAGAAAGGGUCCAGUCCCAGAUGACCACCAGCAAUGCUGUAGAUCUUGAUGCACAGAGAGAUCUUCAGACCAUUAUUGAUCUGUUGCACAUUGUUGAGUCAAUGGACAAGGUGACAGUAACCCGCCUGCAAGAUGUGCUGUUAGUGCCUAUUCAUAGUGAUGACAAAUCCACCCUCAUCCUUAAGUCGGUCUCCCAGUGCACUUACUGUGAUAUGGACUGGCUGCAGCAAGGGUAUGAUGUGACUGAUUUUAGUGAUGAAGAAACAGAAUCUAUCUUCUUUGUCCAUGAGCAUGUCCCAAUGCAAACUAGUGAAAAGUUAGGUGUACCAACCCUUAUGAGUCGUAUUUUAGAUGCAGAAGGGUUGGACAUGAACUAUGGCCAAUCCGAGCCACUGACCCGUCGCCUUCACAACCUGCUUAAAGAAGGUUACACAGAUGGUUUAUCUGUUCCUAAGGAACUUAUACAAAAUGCUGAUGAUGCAGGAGCCCAAGAAGUGAAGUUUCUGUAUGACCAGAGAGAAAAUGAAGAUGCCCAGACAUGCUUGAUAGAUGAUGGAAUGCGAAGUUGCCAAGGACCUGCUCUCUGGGCCUAUAAUGAUGCUGUGUUCACAGAAGAAGAUUUCAAAAACCUUGCUCAGCUGGGGGGUGCAACCAAAGAAAAGAUGAGUGACAAAAUUGGCAAAUUUGGACUUGGGUUCAAUGCAGUCUACAAUCUAACUGAUGUCCCAAGUUUCAUUAGCAAUGACAGUAUAGCCAUCCUUGAUCCUCAUAUGAAACACUUGGGAAGAGCAGCAAGAUCGAAACCAGGAAUAAAGAUUAAUUUAAAAAACGGAAAAAAGCUUCAGAAAUUGAAGAACCAAUUCAAGCCUUUUAAUGGGCUUUUUGGCUGCAAUCUUGAUUCCACUGCCAAAUCUUGCAUGGUUAGCUACAAUGCAACAUUGUUUAGAUUUCCCCUACGGACAAAGGAACAAUCCUAUAAAAGUGAGAUCAGCGAUGUGCAUUAUGAUGAAAAACAAGUGCAAGUGCUUCUUCAGAAGUUGGUCAAUUCUUGUUCAGAAGUUCUACUUUUUACUCAAAAUGUGAAGAAAAUAUCAAUUUAUCACCUCCCCAAGGAUGGAACCCCAUCAAUGAUGCAGUGUAUCUAUGAAACAACAAAGAACAUCUCAAAAGUGAUAAGAUGUUUGCAUUUACCAGAGCUUCAGCCAACACAAAUUUUAAGAGCUUCAACCCAAGCCCUCCAAUCAGCUGAAUCAGCCCCAAUACCUGAAGACACACAAAAUCCAACAGUGUCCCUUGUCCUUGAAAUUUCCUCCAAAACGGAUGCAGGUAGUGUGAGUAUUAUUAAAACUGAUGAAAGAAAUGAUUUCUGGCUGGUUACUUCAUGCAUGGGGAAACUCACAUCACAGAUGUUGACCAUGUGCGAGGGUUCCGGUCUUGUACCUACAGGUGGAGUGGCGGUGCGUUUGGAGGAGUGCAGUGUUGAAGGCAGCAUAAGCUAUGCACCAGUGUGUACUCAGAAGGGAACAUUCUUUUGUUAUCUUCCUCUUCCAAUUUCCAGUGGAUUCUCAUUCCAUGUCAAUGGAAGCUUCUCUGUAGAGUCCAGCCGCAAACAUCUAACUGAGAAAACCACUGAUGAUAAAGUUUCAAAAGGAGCAGAAUGGAACCAAGUCAUCUUGAAGGAUGUCAUUCCCAAAGCACUUCUAUUUUGUCUUGAGGACUUGAAAGAGUUAACACAUGGCACGUCUUACAGCUUUAGCGAAUUGUGGCCAACCUGUGGGAGCACAUACGAACCAGUAUGUGAACCUCUUAUGCAGCAGUUUUAUGCCUCCUUAUUUUUCACAGAGGAACAGCAGGCGCCCGCUUUAUUUUCAAAUGGGGAAAUGUGGAAAAAUGUCCACAAUGUUGGUAUCCUCUCAGAAGAUGUCAAGGGAUCAGAUGUAGUGAGCCAUGCUGAAAGAAUAUUAGAAGAUUAUCUCCAGGAGAAGGGAAAAAUAUAUGUAAAAGUUCCCAGUGAGACCAUGAAAACCAUGUUGUCAUUUGCCCCUGGAGAGAUUCAAAGAAAAAUCAUGUUUGACCUUCACAGAUUAUACAAAGAAGCAGUUUUCCCAAACAUUAACACUCUUGAUGACGAUGUCAGAGAUGCAUUGAUACUUAAUGCAAUUGACCAGGAAGAUGAAUAUCUCGAUAAACUGUUGCAGGAACAUUCCUGCAUUCCUUCCACACCACAUGGGCAGUUGAAGCGACCCUGUGAUCUCAUGCACCCAGAUAGCAGAGCUGCCUCAUUGUAUCAUGAGGAAGAUGGGAUAUUCAUCAAAGGAACUGAAAGGUCAUACCUGAACCCACGACGCCUUCUGGUAUUGGAAAAACUUGGCAUUUUUAAAGACAUCAGCUGUGAGCAGAUUUUGGAGAGAGCCAAAAGUGUUGCUGGGCUCCAUCAAACAGAUAAUGUGAGAGGAGUAGAGAGAGUGAAGGAGAUAUUGCAGUACCUAGACAGGAGGCUGAGUGGAAAAGAAGAUAGUAAAUUGAAUAUUGAACUCAGUGGUCUAUUAUGUAAAGUACCAUUCCUUCCAGUUAAGCCAAAACCAGAAGGUUACCCACUUCCUUGGAAAGGCAAUCACAACAAUCUUGCUGCACCAGAAGAAUGCUUUUCAAUAGAUGUGGAAUCUUUGGUAUCUUCUACUGCUGCUGUUAUCAACAGGGAGGAAUUGGAAAUGAUGAGAAGUGUGGAGAAGUUUCUCAAAAUACAAUCUCAGACAGAUGUCAAACUUGAACAGGUAUGGCACCAGUUUGAUGAGACAAUUGCAGCUGCCCCAAAGUGUGGAGAGUUUGAAAACAAGCUGAAAGGUCUAAUAAAGGACAUUUAUCAGUAUCUGAAUGAUUUACUGCAAAAGGAACCUGCUCAGCAGCCCACUAUCAGUAAUGCACUGCAAGAGAGAAGUGGGGUGUACAUUCCGCAGUCACAAGAGUUUGUUUCAGGUAGUAAAGUAAUUUUCCAUUCCAAUCCCAGAUUUGAACCACUUCUUUUUGAGCUCCCUUAUGAUUGGAGAAACUUCUAUGAUGUCAUGAAAGCUGCUGGUGUCCGAGAAGACUUUGAUAUUGCAGAUUAUAUAAAAGCCCUACGGGCACCACAUCAAACAUACAACAAAAAAUCAUUACCAUCAUAUAUACUUCAAAUUGCGUUUGCAUUACAGGAGAAAAUUGACCAUGAGGUAAAAACUAAGAAUGCACCCCUUACAACGAUUCUGAAAUCAACUGAAGAUAAAAAUGGGCCUAUUUAUUUACCAGAUGAGGAUGGAGUGAUGUCUGAAGCAAAGCAACUUUGCUUUGAUGAUUGCCAAUGGCUUGAGAAUGAUGAUGAUAACAUGCAUUGUGCACACAAAAACAUCCCACGUCAUGUUGCUAUAGGCCUAGGUGUUCAGACAAAAAGAGGAGAAAAGCUUAGAAAAUGUUCAAUGGGAAUUGGCUUUGGUCAAAAGGAAAAACUUACAAAUAGAAUCAAGAGAAUACUAGAAGGAUACCCCUGUGACCAGGAUGUCCUGAAAGAGCUCUUGCAAAAUGCAGAUGAUGCAAAGGCAACUGAAGUUCACUUUGUUUUAGAUCCCAGAACCCAUUCCACUAAGCGCAUCUUUGAGGAUUGUUGGCAGCCAUUGCAGGGACCAGCUUUGUGUGUUUACAACAAUAGUCCAUUUACACAAGCAGACAUAGAGGGUAUUCAGAAUCUAGGUCAGGGAAGCAAGAGUGAAGAUCCAAACAAAACAGGGCAGUAUGGGGUUGGUUUCAAUGCUGUAUAUCAUCUCACAGAUGCCCCAUCUUUCUUAACCAAAGGACAGGAAAUUGGAGAAACAUUGUGUGUCUUUGAUCCACAUUGUAUUUAUGUGCCAGGUGCUUCUAUUGCAGAGCCUGGAAUCCGUUAUGUUGACAUUCCAAAGUUAAGAAAGUCUUUCCCAGAUGUUUUUACAAGCUACUUGGAUAACAUGAGAGAAUCUUUUCCAAUGGAGGAAGCUACCUUGUUCCGAUUGCCCCUCAGGAAUGAAGACAUGGCCAGACAAUCCAAGAUAAAACCUAGACCUGUUACCAUUCCAGACAUGCAGUCCCUCAUGGAAACAUUCCGGGGCGAUUUAUUUCUGAUGAUGCUAUUUCUCAAUAACAUUAGGAAAAUAAGCAUCUCAGAAGUAAAUAUGGUCACUGGAAAGCUUCAGAACACAUACAGUGUUGAGGCCCGUCUCAGUGCUGAACAUACACAGGCACAGCAGUCCUUUCUACAGGAAAUGGUGAACAGCACAGAGAGACUGAAAACACAAGAACUGACAGUAGACCAGUUGCAUCCCAUCAAUGUUUCUUUCACAAUGUCCUUGGAAGACAACAAAGGCAGAUUGGAAACAUGGCUUAUCACCCAACAGUUUGGCUUUAGGUAUCCAAGCUCGAUUUCUACAACUUUAAAGAAAGCCCUUCGGUACAAAGAGUUGGGACUACUGCCACGUGGAGGGGUAGCAUAUCUGCUUCAACCUGAAAGUUUACCGACAGAGAAAUUUGACCUCCCAAAAAGCAGGUUAUUUUGCUUCCUGCCACUCCCACUGAUAACAAACCUCCCUGUUCAUAUCAAUGGUCACUUUGCACUGGAUCAUGAAGCCAGGAGAAACCUUUGGAUGGACAGUGAAAAUGCUGAUGUGAAAACUGAGUGGAACAACACAGUAAUGGAGCAAAUUGUUGCCCCUUGCUACACUAAUAUGCUUCAGCAAAACAAGGAGAUUAUCAUGGAAGAAGUCUCUGGAGGUGAUGAGAAUGAGAUAAGAAAAUCUUUGAGCCAGUAUUAUGAGCUCUUUCCUGAUAUCAAGCAUCAGGAGAAAUACACACGCUAUAUGUCUCAAAAAGUAUACCAGUUGACCAGCGAACUUCAUCUGAGGGUUCUUCCAGUUUUGCGUCAUGCAAGAGUGAAUGAGACGGGGUUUGAACUUGCGUGGUUUCCACCUACAGGAAGUGAAAAAAAUGGAGUAUUCUUUGACGAUUUAGAUAACCAGAUUCAGGAACCAGGACCUUGGUCCAGAGGGUCAUCAGUAAGGCAAAAACCAACCUCCAGUGAAAUUGUUAGAAGAAUUUUAUGUGAAAGCAAUUUCAAUCUUUCAUGUUGCCCAAUGUCAAUAUACAGAAAUUAUCAGGAUGCAGACGUCCAGGUGAAAACUGUUAGUCGAGAAGCUGUGCUUCAUUUUUUUCAAACCUACCAAAGACCUGACAGGCUGUGUUUCAUUUCAUGCUCAGAUCUUCCAGAAGACAUUGGAAAAACCAUCUUUGGAAAUGUAAGCAACCUUUGCACCAUGUUGGAGUUUUGCAAGAAAUCUGUCAAUUUUGUGCAGCUGCUUGAGGGCUCUCCAUUGCUUGCAACUGAGGACAAAAAGCUGAGGACCUUUAGUUCCGAAACACCUGUAUUUUGUUCACGUUUCUCGAACUUGCUGCCUUUGGAUGCUGCAUCUUUUUGUCAUAGGACAUUGGAAGAAAAAAUUUUUUGUACAUACCAAGAAAGGUCAAUUUUCAAAAAAUUUAAGGUACAUGAUCUUGCAAAAAGGCUACCAUCUGCCUUACCAGAAAGACUACGAAAUGGGGGUAUGAUUCAGUGGGAUUUGGAGGCUCCGUCAAAAGAGUGGAUCCAAUUACUGUGGACAUACUUUCACUCAGAGGCUGGUAGAGUUACUGAAGGCAACAAAAUUAUAUCUUUAUUGAAGCCACUUUCCCAUUGGUGUCUCUUGCCAGUAACUGUAGAGCAAUCUACAAAUGAGCUCUUUUUGCUUCAGAUGUCACGAGCCCGUGAAGUUAUAGACAGCUGUGGAUUCUUCCAUUACUUCCUCAGAAAUGGGGAAGGUGUCUUACAAAAGUUGGGUGUUCCACAGCUAGCCCAUGCUGUACUUCAAGGUUCUGGUAAGACCGCACGUGCUAUAAUUGGCAACCCUAGUGAUCCAAGUACCAUGGUCAGUGCAUUAGAAGGGGUAACCAAACAACACAAACUAGCAGGCAGACUAAAUGUACAAGAAUGUGAGGUUAUAUUAGGAUAUUUUUGUCAGAAUCUUGAAGUGAUGAAAAGCAAUCCUGAAUUGAAAUGGAAAUUGUGCAGUUUUCCUUUUUUCUUAACUGCGAAAGAUGAAAUUAUCAGCAUUGAAGGAAAAACCACUUAUGUUGCACCGAGCUCUAUCCCUAUAGAUGGCAUGCAGCUAAUAGAAGAAGGUGGUCAACAUUUGGCUUUCCUGAAACCCAAUGUAGUGUUACAGUCACUUUACACAUGGUUGGGCUGUAAAGUACUCUCCGAGUGUGAAAUGUACUGUGAUUUUAUAUUUCCAAUUUUUGAAAAUUUGUCAGAAGAAGGAAGGAUUCAACACUUGGAGUUCAUAUCCGUCAAAUUACGCCACAGAAUUUGUCAAGGUGAUUGGAACAGGCUGAUUAAUGAACUUUCUCUUGUGAAGUUGCUACCUGAUAGACGAAGUUCAGUUCCUGGCACCCUGGCAAAUGCAAGCGUUUUCUAUGAUCCUUACAACAAAGUAUUUAAAACUAUGCUUACAGACAGAGAUUUUCCAUCGGAGGCUUUUAGAUCCGAAGCAAUUUUACGUUUGAUGCGUGAGAUAGGUUUACAGCAACAAGUCACUCCAGAGAAGCUCAUUGGUUUUGCCAAAGACAUUGAAAGGGAGGCUAGUCUUGCAUGCAAAAGUAAAAAUAAGGCAGAAUUCAGUAAGAGAGAAAAGCAGGCACAUGUAGUAGUUACACAUCUUUUUUCGAGACAGAAUGUUGUAAAUGAUGAUCACUUAUUGGACAUUAUAAAAGAUGUGGCCUUUCUACCCCAAAUGAUUGCUCCAAGCAACCUUCAGAGGCUGUGCCCUCGUGGCAAUAUGGAUGGAGAAACAGUGAGACCUUUCAUCUGCUUCAAUGGCGCUGUCUCAUACAAGCAGGAACAUGAACAUUUGUCAUGGACAAGUGUUUCAUUCUUGGAACAUUGGGCAGAACCAAGGGACAGGAAGUUGUGUGAAAUCCUUGGAGUGAAAGAAAUCCCCUCCUUGGAACAGUAUGCUGGUUGUAAGGAGGUCUUCAAGCUAAUAGGCAGCACAGAUAGACCCUCCUUCUAUCAGUAUGCCAAUGUCUUGGAAAUGAUUCAUAAAGAUACCGAAGGGAAAAAACUGGAACCAAAUGAAAAGAAAACAGCAUUGAAAGCAAUGGGCUUUUUGUUUAAAAAACUUCACAGUGGGGAUGAAUGGCCAGAGCAGGUAAAACUGUUAUACUUGCUCACUUCUGCUGGGGAACUGAGGCAGUCCAAGGACAUUAUCUUCAUCAAUAACAUGUCCCAUUUUGACCGACUGCAGAAAUUUCCAUUGGAAGAACCCAUGCUUGCUCGCCCUUCUAAGGAAGAAUUUGGACUUGAGGUCCCAUCAUACAGCGAUGUUGCUGAAUGUUUGCCAGAAUGUUUGCGCCUUAGAUAUCUGACUGAUGUUGUCAAAGAGAAACUUCAAUCUGAACCAAACAUCAACAAACUUGCAGAGCAUCCUUUGAAAUGGAAGUUACAAUCAGAAAAUUUUUAUCAGGCAGUAUUGCGUCUCCUUCGUCAUGCUGGUAAAACACAAGGCUUCACUGUGAGUCAGCAGGACAGAGAUGAGCUACAAGAAAACAUUGAAAACAUCAAACUUCACUUUGUAACAGAGUUGACCACUGUUUUAGAAUACAAAGGAAAGGUUUUGUCUGGUAGCGAGAUAACACCAAUGUGCUUCUACCAAAAGGCCCAUUGUGGGCAACAGUCUCAUUGUUUUUAUUUAAAAAGCAAUUUUCAGAUGCGCAGCUUUUCACCCAGGUUUGUUGAAAUCUUAAACAGUUUAUCGAAAGGGAGACUGUCAACUUCCCUCCAUCACCUGUGCCAUAUCCUAGAUGAAACAGUUGAUGAGAUUUCAAGAUAUUUGGAUGAUCAGGGCAUUCCACCAGAUGAUUAUUGCUCAAGCACCAGUGUUCUACCCACCCCUGGCACUUACCUUCACAUAGAAGACCAGCAUCUGCUAUCUGAGAAUUUUCACCGCUUUGAAUGUGGUGAAUACGUAGGCUAUGAAGUAGAGGAUCCAUUGUUGAAGAGUCUUGAGGGCCUUCCGACAUACAUAUAUGCCAUUGUGCUAGAAGAGAUCAUGGAAGAUGCCGACUCUCAAACCUCAAAUGUGCUAAGGAGAUACAGAAUAAGAAUUGGGAGUGAAGAGGAUGAUGUCCUUGUUGUGACUGGAAAUGACCUGUACAAAUUUAAACGCACACGAAAAAAUAUCUCGAAUAAUGAUGCUUUUAAUGAUAAAACUCCAACUGAGGAUGACUUCUCUGCAACAUGUAUCGAGGACAUUUUGGAAGAUAUCAGAAAAAUACUGGAGGCUGCUUGGAAAACUUGA